UUUGUUUUUUUCCACCAGUUGAUCCUUGACUCCUAUAUUUAGCUAGUCCCAGGGUACUAUUUCGACUGCAUGGCCGUCGUUUAUAAGUCCUUGGGUCGCCACUCCCCCCUUUCUCCUGCUUUCUCUUCCCUUGGUCCAACUUGUAGUUAGUUAGCGCAAAAACUUUUUUCUUCCCCCCCACCCUCUUUUUAAUGCCACAAGCACUUUCCUGGUUCUUCCCUAAAUAAACAAAUCGAACCCCUGAAACCUUAGACGUGUUAUGAAAACAGACCCGACGGCGGGUCGUCCCCCGAGCUGUGUUUUGAUCCAUACGUACAUAAACAAACACGUAUCUCUGGAUCUGGGCGGAGGGGGACAGCGUGUGGACGCCCGUUUAGACGGCCGAAGCCAUGGGGCAAGCGGAGGAGCUAAUCCGGAUGGCCAAAAAGUUGGAGAAGAUGGUGUCUAGGAAGAACACGGAAGGAGCUCUGGACUUAUUGAAGAAAUUGAAUAGCUGCACCAUGACCGUUUUGCUGCUGCAGACCACCAAAAUUGGUGUGGCUGUCAACACAGUGCGUAAACAUUGCUCAGAAAAGGAAGUGGUGGCUCUGGCUAAACUCCUUAUCAAAAACUGGAAGAGGCUAUUAGAGUCAUCCGGGACACAAAAAGGGAAAAAAGAGAAAGACAUAGCUCUCUCUGGCUGGAAAGCUGAAGGGGCACUUUCCAACUCUGUGGAUGUCUGCAAAAAUCCUGAUGGAAAGCAGAAAGAUAGGAAACUGAAUAAAUCCACCUCACAUGAAGUCAUGCUAAAGAGUAGUUCUUCCUUGGUCUCCAAACCAGACAGAGAUCCCAAAGACGCUUCUACUUCCCAAAAGUCACACAUGGAGCUCAAAAAAGAGAGGAGGGAUUCCAAAGAUUCAAGAUCUUCCAGCUCUACUGCUGCUUCCUCUACUUCCUCUCCCAAGAGACUGUCAAUUGACAGGAGAACCUCUACCAGCUCCAACCCAGCAGCCUCACCUCCUGGAUCUCAUAAAAGCAAAGAGGAUAGCAAAGAUGAAAGAUUAAAUGACAGAUCUCGAAGUGAGGUGCCCAGGAUGCCUGCCAGCCCUGUCACACCAACAUUUGGGACUUCUGUCUGCUUCUUGCCUUCCUGCUACUUGACUGGAGACUCCAUUAGGGACAAGUGUAUUGAGAUGGUCUCUGCAGCCCUGAAAAUGGAUGAUGAUUACAAAGAAUUUGGGGUCAACUGUGAUAAGAUGGCAGCCGAGAUUGAAGAUCAUAUCUACCAAGAACUGAAGAGCACAGAUAUGAAAUACCGAAACCGAGUGAGGAGCAGAAUUAGCAACCUGAAGGACCCCAAGAAUCCUGGCUUGCGCCGCAAUGUGCUGUGUGGAACCAUCCUGCCAGCCCUAAUUGCAAAGAUGACGGCAGAGGAAAUGGCUAGUGAUGAACUGAAGGAACUAAGAAAUGCCAUGACCCAAGAAGCUAUUCGAGAGCAUCAGAUGGCAAAGACAGGAGGUACUGCAACCGACCUCUUCCAGUGCGGAAAGUGCAAGAAAAAGAACUGCACCUACAAUCAGGUGCAAACCCGGAGUGCUGAUGAGCCCAUGACGACUUUCGUGCUAUGUAAUGAGUGCGGCAAUCGCUGGAAGUUCUGCUGAUGCUCUUUGCACCUAUAUGCCAGUGACACGAAGAUGUUGUACCUGUUGCAGCCAAAAAUAAGAGAACCUUUGAACUGUUCACUGAUGAAAUAAAGCAGGGAAAGAAAAACAGCCUGCAAGGUUGAAAUGCUGACAUUUCAACCCCCUCUCAUCAGAUGUCUCUUUAAAAAAACGCAGUAGGUUUGAAUGAACUACUUAAAUGGAAUUCUGUCUUUGUACUAUAUUUGGUGCCCUCACUGGGAGGGCUGUGUGUGUUCUGCAGUUACAUUAUACAAAGGCAGACAUUAAUACUGAGCAUAGAAGGCCACAGAUUGUGGGUUGCUCCCUGCUUUCGUUUGAGGAAAUGUAAAUUUUCCAUUCUUAAGGCUGCAAAGAUUGGUUUGGCAGUGCCUGCGCAGGCAAUGUCUAGUGAAGUCUCCAAAGCAGAGGAAGAUUCUGAUGUCAUGAGAACAUGGAUUUGGAAGGCCUCACUUCGUGAUCAACAGUUUAUUUAAAUCACAAAGUAUAGUUUGUUGAGGCAGAUUGAAAGUAACAUUUAAAAUCGGCAUCUGUAACAGCAAGGGAGGAAGGAAGGAUGGGCUAUACGCAGUUCUGACUCUGUAAUUUGGAGUCAAAUACCCUAGACCAGGGGUCCUCAACCUUGGCCACUUUAAGACUCCCAGAAUUCUGGGAGUUGAAGUCCACAAGUCUUAAAGUGGCCAAGGUUGAGGACCCCUGCCCUAGACUUCUCCUAUGUUACCAGAGAUGGCCUCUCUUAGAAAGUUCAUAGAGGUGUGACCUUUAAUUGGCUGGAUUGGUUGAUCCCCUUGGCAUUUCCAUCCACUGUUUAGCCCAACAGUGACCCCGAAACCCCUGUUUUAUUUAUUUUGCUAGGUUUGGGGUGCAUAUUUUGGGCAAGAGAGGUCACCAGAUGUCAAGGAAGAGACCUUUAAAGGAAAGACUAUCAGCCCAGGGACUUUCUCUUCCCAUUUUCUGACUAUGCUCUCAGCUACCAAAAUGUUUUGUUUCCUAUCCUGUGGACUUUCACCGAGACAAAAUCAAAGCAUUGACCUUUUUCUUUUGGCACUGUCGCUCCAAAUUCUCCCAAAGCUGCCUUCCUGGAAUCCUUUAUAUGAGACAAUAGGCACUUCCUAACCCCAAGCUGGUCCCCUUCCUGCUCCUCAUCACUAUAAAGACAAAAGUAAAUAAUAACAAAUUAACCAUGAUAGAUUCAGGGUCAUCCAAGUACGCUGAGAAUCUGCUUUUGAAUAGGCAACUGUUCUUGCGAUAACCAAUUUUAGAAAAGGAUGUCAGUCACUGGAUAUAAGGCAGUUACGAAUCCUCCAUCGAUGGAUCUGUGGCUAGUUUCAUCUACUUAUCAGCCUUCUCCAUCUUGGGCAUUCAGUUGCUAUGUGGGCUUGCAGAAUCCCCUAGUUAGCAUGGGUAUUUUGGAUUCCUGUUUCUGGAAGUCAGUUAAAUUGGGGUAAGAUGGACAUUUUUUUUUUGUAGGGAGGGAGCUAGGUCUGAGAAGCAGCCCUAGUAGAUGUAAUGAGGAUGUAAAAUCAUUCAAAAUGGCAGAUACUUUCCCUGUUAUAAUUUUGCUAUUAAAUUAUCAAGGAUUUUCAGCAAACAAGUGAAUCCUGCUAGAGUGAUUUGGGAUGUCAGGGUUUGCUCAAGUUCUGCCUCUACCUAGGAGGAACAGAACUAGUAACGAAAUGUGUACAGCUAUUGCAUGAUGAGGAAUUUCCUCUUUUGUUACUUUAAUGUUUAUUUUUCUCUUAUUUUCAAAUGACUUUGUGCCAUGUAGAGCAAGUACUAGAAUUGUCUAAACCAAACACUCAAUGGAAAAAAGUAAACUGAUGCUCACCUGUCA